AUGUCCAUUGUUACUUUAUUUGUCGAUACUUCUGAAGAGAAAGUCAGUACUGAAAGACGAUUUGAUAAAGGACUCACCAUUUCCCAACUCAAGUAUAAGCUUGAGCCUAUCACAGGUAUUCCUUAUUCAACACAAGUAAUUGAGUUAUAUCAAGGAAAUAGCCUGUUGGGUGUACUGGAUGAAGAAGAUAAAAUGCUAGGAGCAUACCCUGUUGAAGAUUAUAUGAGACUGUAUGUUAAAGACACCAAUCCUCAUCGUAUCAAGAACCAGUAUACAGACGUAUCACUCGUUGAAAAGUUUGAACUGACAGAAGAAGAGUAUACCAAAAGAUCAGAUACCGUCAGAGCUUUCAAGGAACGUAACAAGUUGGGUCGUUUUUCAGAAGAGGCAGCCGCCAAAGAGCGAGCUAUUGAAUUAGCUUACAAGGAAGCAGCAGAACAUAUCAAGGUUGGAGACAGAUGUGAGGUGAUUGGAGACGACGAAUCUGUAAGACGACGAGGCACUGUUCGUUUCGUAGGUGAAACACAGUUUCAACCUGGCUUAUGGGUGGGUGUUCAAUAUGAUGAACCUCUUGGUAAAAAUGAUGGGAGUGUCCAAGGUGUUCGUUACUUUACUUGUCCCAACAAAUAUGGAGGAUUUGUUCGUCCUAUUAAAGUGAAUGUAGGUGACUUUCCUGAAGAAGACUUGAUGGAUAGCGAUGAUGACCUUGAAGAAAUGUAA